CAGGUCCUGGCAUGGUGUGAGGAGGCUGGAGACGUGACCAUGGAGGUGCUGCAGCAGAAGGUGCAGGUGCCCAACACCCGCAUAGACGACUCCAACCCGUUCUGGGUCGCUAUUAGAGACACUGCUGAGAAAGAAGGCUACACCCUAACCCCAGUGAUCUGCCCGGGCGCGACUGACGCACAAUACCUCCGGCGCGCGGGGGUGCCUGCCCUCGGCCUGUCCCCCCUCCCCCGCACCCCGCUGCUGCUGCACAGCCACGACGAGAGGCUGCAUGUAGACUCGCUGGUGCGGGGGGUCGAGGUGUUUGAGAAGAUGGUUAAGGCUUUAGGCGACGUGUGACGGUUUUCUUUUGUUUUUU